GUGAGGCGUGUGAUAGCUAUUAGCAGUGUGAUGUGUGCGUGGUCUGGAUGUACUGAUGCGGCGCUCCUCUUUUGUAGUUCGAGUGGGAACAAAGUUGGCAGUUUGUUGACUGCACUGACUGUUCUGUGUUGUCCCAUGUUACAGGUAUGUAACUCAUUAUAAAUUGUUAAGAUAUUUUUAUGUUUUCUAUUUUAUUUGUGAAAUGUUUUUCUAAUCAAAUGAUGAAUGCCACUAUACGAUCACUAUGUUUCACUAUACGAUCACCAUGUUACCAGAAGCAAAAUGCUACGCUGUGGUUCGAGUGGGAACAAAGUUGGCAGUUUGUUGACUGCACUGACUGUUCUGUGUUGUCCCAUGUUACAGCUACAGAAAUAAACCAGUUGUGAGUGCUCCAUCCAACCCGUCUCCGCAAAGUUUGUGCAAACAGCAGCUGAGCAUCGUAACGAAAGUCACAUGUGUAUGUGUGAGAGAGAGAGAGAGUGUGUGUGUAUGUGUGUGUGAGAGAGAGAGAGAGAGAGUGUGUGUGUGUGAGAGAGAGAGAGAGAGAGAGAGAGAGGUGAAAGGGUGAGCGGUGGGCGGUGCCUAUGACGUCACAGUCAGCAGCCGCUUCUCCUUUUAAAGCCGCGGCUCUCGGUGACGUUCAGCCUUGCGGACUCACGGACGCGCUUUAAAUACCUGCAGCGGCUCUAAACGGGGCAGACGUGAUCCCAGUCUUCCCGAGGACAUUUGUCUUUCCUGCACCAGCAGCAGCAGAAGCAGCAGCAGCACUGUCUCUGUGUGGGACAGUGUCCUCCCGCUCCUCGUCUCCUCCUCCGUGACUCUCGGGUCUCAUGCGAUUCUUCAGACUCACAUUCAAGUGCUUCGUGGAUUGUUUUUGAAGGUCGGUGGGAAACGGGUUCACUUUUAUUUACUGCUUUAUUUUAACAAACAGACAAAUAAAGAGCCUUUCUACCGAGGAAGUGGUCACGUGACUGAUCACCCAGGAUCAAUAAUCACAUUAUUAAUAAUCGUCUGAGUAAAGAUUGAGAGUUAACUCUGCGUACUGUCCCUUUACCACUGAGUCCAGGUCUAACUAGUCCUGGUUUAUGGACUAAUCACCUCGAUAAGGGACUAGGAAGGGACCUGGUCUGAGGACUGGUGUUUGGAUCAAGCCUAGUUUUUGGACUAAAAUCUGAUUUUGGACUGAUUCUGGUUCUAGCCUGGUUUGUGGACUGGUCUUUGGACUGAUUCUGGUUCUAUCCUGGUCUGUGGACUGGUCUUUGUACUGAUUCAGAUUCUAGCUCGGUCUGUGGACUGGUCUUUAGGCUGAUUCUGGUUCUAGCCCGGUGUGUGGACUGGUCUUUGGACUGAUUCUGGUUCUAGCCUGGUCUUUGGACUGGUCUUUGGACUGAUUCUAGUUCUAGCCUGGUCAGUGGACUGGUCUUUUGACUGAUUCUGGCUCUAGCCUGGUCUGUGGACUGGUGUUUAGACUGAUUCUGGUUCUAACCUGGUUGGUGGACUGGUGUUUGGUCUGAUUCUGGUUCUAGCCUGGUUGAUUGACUGGUGAUUGGUCUGAUUCUGGUUCUAGCCUGGUUUGUUGGACCAGUUUCUGGACUAGUGUUUUGACUGGUUCUGGUUCCUGCCUGUCCCGUGGACUGGUUCUGGUUCCUGAUCAGAUGGAGAAUAUUCCCGCCUCUUCUAGUUCUCUGGUUCUCCUGGAGGAGACCAAGAAGAACCCGUUUAUCAAGUCCAACGGCAUUGAGUAUGUGUCUUUAGCAUCAGCUAACGGUUCCGUCCCAUCGGUGGUGGUGACGAACUUCGGCGAUGGUCCAGACAAGAAAGGAGGUGUGGUCCCGGGGGCGGGGCCAGGAUACCAGGAGCGGGAGACAUGGACCCGGCAGAUGGACUUCAUCAUGUCCUGUGUUGGCUUUGCUGUUGGACUUGGAAACGUUUGGAGGUUCCCGUACCUGUGCUACAAGAAUGGAGGAGGUGUCUUCCUGAUCCCGUAUCUGCUCAUCGUCUUCGUUGGAGGAAUCCCGAUCUUCUUCAUGGAAAUCGCUCUGGGUCAGUUCAUGAAGGCGGGCGGCAUCAACGCGUGGAACAUCGCGCCGCUCUUUAAAGGUCUGGGUUACGCCUCCAUGGUCAUCGUGUUUUUCUGUAACACCUACUACAUCAUGGUGUUGGCCUGGGGCCUCUACUACCUGGUCAAGUCGUUUAGCUCCACCCUGCCCUGGUCCACCUGUGAUAACGAAUGGAACACACCCAGCUGCGUGGAGACCUUCCAGCACCAGGACUGUAAAAACCGCAGCCUCGCCAACAUCACCAUCACCGGCAACAUGACCUGUGCCCAGCUGGCAAACGCAAGCUCACCCAUCGUCGAGUUCUGGGAGAACAAGGUGCUGGACAUCUCGUCUGGUCUGGAUGAACCUGGACGUCUGAACUGGGAGAUCCUGCUGUGUUUAAUGGCCGUGUGGGUCAUUGUUUAUUUCUGUGUGUGGAAGGGAGUCAAAUCCACCGGGAAGGUGGUCUACAUCACAGCCACCUUCCCGUACCUGGUCCUCUUCAUCCUGCUGGUCAGAGGUGUCACUCUUCCUGGUGCUUAUGAUGGAAUCAUGUACUAUAUCAGUCCUGACUGGUCCAAACUGUCCCAGGCUCAGGUGUGGGUCGACGCCGGGACACAGGUCUUCUUCUCGUACGCCAUCGGCCUUGGUGCUCUGACGGCGCUGGGGAGCUACAACCGCUUCAACAACGACUGCCACAAAGACGCCUUCAUCCUCGCCUUCAUCAACAGUGGAACCAGUUUCUUUGCCGGUUUUGUCGUCUUCUCUAUUCUGGGCUUCAUGGCUGCAGAGCAGGGAGUGGAAAUCUCACAGGUGGCUGUGUCAGGUCCAGGUCUGGCCUUCAUCGCAUAUCCAAAGGCUGUCACGCUGUUGCCUGUGUCGCCACUGUGGGCGGCGCUCUUCUUCAUCAUGCUGCUGCUGCUCGGCCUCGGCAGUCAGUUUGUGGGAGUGGAAGGAUUCGUCGCAGGAAUCCUGGAUCUGUUUCCGGGACAUUAUCAGUAUCGUUAUAAGAGAGAGAUUGCCGUGGCGAUCUGCUGCUUGCUCUGCUUCAUCAUCGACAUCUCCAUGGUGACACAGGGAGGAAUGUACGUCUUCCAGUUGUUUGAUUAUUACUCUGCCAGUGGAAUGACUCUGCUGUGGCAGGCCUUCUGGGAGUGUGUCGUUGUGGCCUGGGUCUAUGGUGCUGACCGCUUCAUGGACGACAUCGCUC